GGUCACUGGUCACGCAGAGCGAAUUGAUGGAAAACAGGCUCAUAUCAACAAGCGGGCACACUUUUUGAAUACCCAGUACCGCAUGCCAGUCGUCAUUGGAAACUUCAUUUCCCAUCAUGUAUACGAUCAGAAGUUGAGGACUAUGCACGAAAUCACCAGCAAGACAGCAUGUCGUUUCCUGGAUGUCAAAACGGGCCGGGAGGAGAAAGCGGGGCACAGCUGGAUAAAUCAAAAGGAGAUAUCUAUGGUUAUCCACCUCGCCCGCUUAUACGAAAUCCAGGGCAAGAAGUUCAAGAUCCUCACCCCGUACGAUGCGCAGAGGACUACGAUUGAAGAGCAACUAAAAUCAGCGAAGCUUCUGUGGGAAGAUAAGUGCUUCAAUGUGGACUCCUUCCAAGGAAACGAAGAGGACCAUACAAUCAUCUCUCUAGUCCGUUCCCAGGGCGUGGGGUUUUUAAAGAACGCGCGCAGGACGAACAUUAUGCUGACACGAUGCAAGAUGAGCAUGAUCAUUUGCACGAACCGUGAUUUCGUGACGAAGGGUGCAGCAGCACGCACGCUAGUCGGGAAGCUUGCUGCUACCAUGUGCCCUGAGUCCUGGCCGGACAGUCAUAAUAUCAUCAACGGCAUCUUCAAGUGAUUUGGACUGUUUACAUUACGUUUCUU